GCCCAAAACAGGUGGAGAAUCUAUGCCAAUCUUUGUCGGCCGGAUGUCUAUCCCCUACUCCAUCCACAUUCGUCAUUGAUAGAUAGUCUAACUGUCCAACGCCUUAUAAAAUUCACAAGAGGACUAGUUUCUUCAACUAAUCAAGCUGUCUGUUCUUGUUCUUGACUCUCGAUCGACUCUCUUGAGUAGAAAUCCAUGGCUGAGUUUCUUACUUUUGCUGCCCAGGAAAUGCUGACCAAAGUAGCUUCACUUGCCACUCAAGAGUUUACUCUUUUAUGGGGAUUCAAGGGAGAAUUAGCAAAUCUGCGUGAGUCGCUGCUCUUUCUUGACGCUGUGCUACGGGAUGCUGAACAGAAGCGACAAGAUCAGGGCGAGUCUGUGAAGCUCUGGUUGGAGAAGCUUGAAGAGAUAGCUCAUCUGGCCGAUGAUGUAUUGGAUGACUACGGAUAUGAGCUUCUUCGGCGUAAGGUGGAACUGCGGAACCAGAUGAAGAAAAAGGUGCUAAACUUUUUUUCCCUCUCCAAUCCCAUCUUUUUUCGUGUUAAAAUGGCACAUAAAAUUAAGAAAAUCAACACAUCUUUGGAGGAUUUGGGUAAAAGAGCAAGUGGUUUUGGGUUUGUUGCUAGGCCUUUCUUAGAGGCAAGAAGCUCCCAUGAUAGAAGAAUUGAUAGGGAAACCUACUCUGACUUCAAAAAAGAUGAAACCAAUAUUAUUGGGAGGAAAGAUGUUGUGGAAGAUAUAGUGAAAACCUUGACCAAAUCAAACAACAAUCAGAAAAAUGAUCUUUCAGUUCUGGCCAUCGUGGGAAUGGGAGGACUUGGGAAGACCACUUUAGCUAAAUCUAUAUAUCAUCAUGAUAAGAUACAUCAACACUUCCAAGAAAAGAUGUGGGUUUGUGUGUCUACCCCUUUUGAAGUCAACUCGAUUUUAAGGAGGAUCUUGGAGUCUCUUAAACCUGAACACGCUGCAGUACAAGCUAUAGAUGCAAUAUGUAGAAUCCUCAAAAACCAGUUGAAAGAAAAAAGUUAUCUUCUUGUGCUUGAUGAUGUUUGGAACGAAGAUGCUCAAAAAUGGGAAGAACUGAUCAGUUGUUUGGUAAACAUCAAUGAUACCCAAGGAAGCAGCAUCCUUGUCACUACCCGUAGCGACAAAGUUGCAAAAAUGGUGGAGACCCUUCCUAGGUGUGAUUUAGAAAAACUAUCAGAUGAUGAAUGCUGGCAUAUUUUGAAGGACAGAGCAAUUCCAAUUGGGAGUGCUCCUAUAGUUGAAGAUCAAAAGAAAAUUGGAAGGGAGAUCGCUAAAAAGUGCGGAGGUGUACCAUUAGUAGCAAAGGUGUUGGGAAAUAUGAUGCGUUCUAGAAAUUGUGAUGGAUGGCAAUCAAUUGUGGAAAGUAGUAUAUGGGAUUUACCGGAUGGAGAAAAUAGAAUAUUGGCGAUUUUGAAAUUGAGCUUUGAUGAACUAAAAUCUCCAUCAUUGAAGCAAUGUUUUGCAUACUGUUCAAUGUUCGUCAAAGAUUUCGAAUUUAAAAAGGAUGACUUGAUCCAACUUUGGAUGGCCCAAGGAUGGCUACACCCUUCUCCCGGCCAAAAUAAUAUAGAGAUGGAGGACAGAGGUAAUGAAUAUUUUACUAUUCUAUUACAAAACUCAUUUUUUCAAGAUGUGGAAAGGGAUUACCAUGGUGAUAUAAUCACAUACAAGAUGCACGAUCUUGUUCAUGAUCUUGCUGAACGUGUUUCAAAGUCGAAGUACUUGCACUCCCUAUUUUCAAAAGGAGCAGUCCUUGACAACGACUCACCUGGGUUUAAAGCUCUACGUGUUUUAAAUUUAUACGAGGCAGAUAUUCAGGAAUUGCCAAAUUCAAUUGGAAAGUUGAGACACUUGAGGUAUCUAAAUGUUAUGAAAACAAAGAUCAAAGCAUUUCCCAAAUCUUUGGGUCAGCUUUAUAACCUUCAGACAUUAAAAAUGCCUCAUGUCCUUGAAGAGUUCCCAAAGGAAAUUGCAAAUUUGAUCAACUUGAGACAUGUUUAUUUUGAUAAACAUGUAAAAGUUCCAGGUGGGGUAUUCGAAAGAUUGACUAAUCUCCGAUCAUUACCUUUUGUAAAGAUGGGCAAGGAGACUGGUCCUCAUAUUGGGGAAUUUGGUGGCUUAAACCAUUUGAAAGGUACGUUAUCUUUUUAUAAUAUGGAACAUGUAAGAGAUAAAAAAGAAGCAGAGAAAGCAAAUUUAGUGGAGAAGAAACAUCUGCGCAAGUUAUUCUUUAGAUGGACGCCUAGUAGGCCAAGCAACAGUGGUGACAGUGAUGAAGUUGUACUUGAAGUCCUGCAACCACAUUCUAAUCUGGAAGUUUUGGAGAUUCAUGGCUUCAUGGGUGUUAAAUUGCCAUCAUGGUUAUUGCGAUCCAACAACUUAAAAGAGAUUGAAUUACAGGGAUGCAACAAAUGCGAAGGAGUGCCAGCACUUGGCCGGCUGCCCAAUCUUGUACAUGUGAAGAUGUACUCGAUGCAGAACCUCAGGUGUUUGGGAUAUGAGUUUUAUGGUUAUGAUCACGUUUCUGAUGAUACAAAGGUUUUUUUUCCUGCAUUGAAAACAUUACUUAUUGGGAUGGCGGAAAACCUAAUUGAAUGGAAGGAAGUGCCAACAGAAAGAGUGACGGUGUUUCCUUGCCUUGAGGAGUUGACCCUGGGGAAUUGCAGUCAAUUGAGAAGUGCUCCCAGUCAUUUUCCAUGUCUGAAAAAGUUGGUGAUUGAAAGCAUGGAUAGCGGAGGCAUUCCAAUAGCAAGUAUUCUAAGCAAUAAACUGACCACUCUCACUUCUCUCGAGAUAGACAGUGUGAGUGGACUUGCUUGUCUGCCGGAAAGGUUGUUAGAGAACAAUCAGAAUCUUGCGCAUUUGGAUAUAUGGGGGUGUGAGGAGUUAACUUGUAUUGCUCCGCCCCAAUCACAAGGGUAUGAGUACUGCCGCCGCGCAUCUCUUCAGGAACUGAUAAUUAGAGGGUGUCCUAAGCUGCGGUGUUUACCUGAUUAUGGGCUAUUAUCUCUUGAGAAGUUGGUGAUAAGAGAUUGCUCCAGUCUAGAGUCCAUCCCAAUCAUCCCUGAGCACGGUGGUCUCCCAUCUCUACGCCAAUUGAGGAUCGAAGAAUGUCGUCAGUUAUCCAGUCUACCUGAUGGGCUACAAUACUGCACAUCUCUUCAAGGAUUAAUAAUAGACAACUGCCCCAAGAUAACGUCGAUUCCAAUUCCAUCUGAGGGCCUCCCAUCCCUUGCUGAACUGAGGCUUUGGCAGUGUCCUGAAUUAUCAAGCCUGCCGAGUGGACUAGGCUGCUGCACCUCUCUUGUUGAUUUGGCAGUAGCAGAGUUCCCUAAGGUAACAUCCUUUCCAAUUUUACACGGCGGCUUCACAUCCCUCCGAGACUUGACUGUAAGUAAUCUAGAGUCUCUUCCAAUUUUACACGGCGGCUUCACAUCCCUCCGUCGAUUGGAAAUCCAGGGAUGUCAAAGUACACAAAUUGAGCUGCCCUUUCUUCAAACCCUCGUCUCUCUUGGGGAGUUGAGAAUAAGCAGUUGCCCUAAUCUAGAGACUGUUCCAAGUUUAGACAAACUCACAUCCCUCCGUCAGUUGUGGAUUAGAGAUUGUUCCCGAUUGACAUGUCUACCCAGUGGGUUAACAAUGGCAUCCCCACACGUAUUCACCCGUCUCAAGAAAUUGACACUUGGGCCGUUUUGGAAUGAGCUGGAUUCAUUCCCUGCUUUUCAGGUUCUACCACAACUUGAAGAUUUAGAGCUGUACGGGUGGCCGAAGCUCAAGUCUCUGCCUGAACAAAUUCAACACUUGACGUCUUUGACCGAUUUGUGGAUACAUGACUUUGAGGGAGUGGAGGCUAUUCCAGAUUGGUUGGGAAACCUUGCAUCUCUUCAAUUCUUAAGUAUUCAGAGUUGCAAGAAUCUGAUGUAUCUACCUUCCGUCCAAGCUAUGCACCGCCUCACCAAAUUAGAUUUGCUACAGAUCAUCAAUUGUCCCCUUUUGAGCGAAAGAUGCAGAGAGGAGAGCGGCCCUGAGUGGCCUAAGAUUUCUCAUAUUCCAGACAUCAAUGCAUUGCAGGAUUGGGGUCCUAAGCGAAAUUGGAAAAAGGUGGUUUGAUGCUCUUGUGUUGUUGUUGAAAGUAUUAAGAGCCACUCCAAUUGCUACAGGUGAAGAAGGUGGUUGCUCUUCUGUUGCUGUGAAGGUAAUAAAAUAAAAGGCACUCCAGUUGACACAGUCUGCAGGACAUCAAUCCUAUUAUCAAGAAUUCACAACAUCCUUUGAAGUGGAACCUUUAUAUGCAAUAGGGAGGGUUUUGAAACUUUCUUCCAUGUUUAUAUGUGUGGCUAUGCAUGUUCUAUUACUUUUUCCACCUUUGCUGCUAUGUUUUGGGGAUCGAAAGUUCUAUAAAGAUUGCUGGAAUGCAAAAACAGUUGAUGAGUAUUGGAGAAUGUGGAAUAUGAUAUGUGUUGACAAGGUUCAAUUCGAUCGGGUCAUAACUCACAAGUAGAAUUCACUGAUCGCUUGAAGUUCCUCAUGAUGAAAGGAAGUGGUAAAAGCAAAGCAUGUAUCGGCCAUGAUAGAUUCAGUAAUGGCAGUUUGAGGGACUGUGAUGGGCACAAAUUAUUCAGAUAUCCAAAUUUUCAAAGGACUUCAUGACUCUUCCUUACUGCCAAGCCAAGCCAAGCUGAACAACGGGCCUUUCAGGGAAAGAACCUUUCAGUUUGCGUCUCUAAACUGUUGAAUGGAGGACUCUUGAAGGUCUGCCCAAUUUUGUUGUUCCUGUCUCCAUCAAUACCCAAGACUCAAGACAGCAUCGAAUAUGUGCAUGAACUGGUCCUUAUCUCCAAACAAGAGAAGUUGCAGAUGUUUUUGCAAAUAUUAAGGUGAAGAAGGUGGUUGCUCUUCUGUUGCUGUGAAGGUAAUAAAAUAAAAGGCACUCCAGUUGACACAGGAAUAUGUGCAGUUUACCAGUACAUUCUUGAGACCAUUUUGACUUUUAAUUGGAGGUCUCGUUUUCAUCUGAAGGUGGACAUGUUGAGUUCAAACAGAAGGCUGAUGUAGGUUGCUGCAUUUCAAAAUAAGAAGUGGAUAUCGGUCAUGAGAUAUUCAGUUAUGGUGGUUUCAGUUGGUUGAUGGACACAAUUUCUUUGGAUAUCCUAAUUUUCAAAGGUUUGUUUUCAUUUGCUUGGUAUGUGUGAGAGAUUUCACCUGUUUGAUGCAAAUGCAGAUGCAAAUGUUCUUGCUUCAGAGUAACUGCUGUUAUAGAAGACGCGUUUGAUGAGGGCACUGCUAUUAUAAUGGGAAAACAAGAUGAAGAGCUCUUCGGAACUACAUGUGAGGAUCUCAUCCUGAAGAAAACUAUAAAUAUCCAAAAAUACUGCCGCUAGAAAUCUUGCAGACACAAAGGCAGAUUAAACUGCUGAAGCUUAAACCAGGGACUGCACAAAAUUUUAUCGUGAAAUGAGUAUUCCAUGACACUCAGGCGUUCACCCCAAGACAGGAAACUGGUCCUUCAAGUUCAACACCAGACCAAGUUUCAUCAACGAAAAAAGGAACUUUCGCUCGGUUAGCAAGCAGCUGUUCACCUCAAUGCCUAACGAAAAUCCAAAAAGUGACAGCCUUCAACUGAGAACGACGCAGCAGAUAUGAUGGAACCAACUGAAGACACAUCAGAGGAGUUAAUGUAAAAUAGUUCGUUUGAACUACAAACAUAGAACACUUUCGCUAAGCCUAACCAUUAUUUUGCAAUAUGUACAUAAAAACCUACUUUGGUUAGCAUAUCUAAUUUUUCACAGUAUAUACAUAUCUGGUUAACAUACUAGAUUUUGGAAUCUGUAAAAUAUCUGGUUAGCAUAUCAGAUUUUGGAAUCUGUAAAAUAUUACCCAUAUUGAAAAUAGCCAAUUAGAUGAAAAUUCAACCAAUUUCUGUCAA